GAGAGAGAGAGAGGGAGUCACAUCAUAUUUCAAACAAUAUUUUAUCAUAUCUAAGUCUAGUCAAUACCUCUUUUUCCGCUGUGGCCGCUGUCUCAAGCCAUCCAGUGGUCAGCUUCUAAGCCGAUCUGAUCCGCCCAAUGGGGAGAACCGCAGGGGCUUUCUUUGCGAACCUGCUGGGCAUGGGCGAAUCCCCCCAGACGCUGUCCGAAGAUGACUUUGUGAAGUGGUACAGCACCCUGAGGCCACCACAGCCGACGAUUGUUGGAGAAGCUUUGCCACCAGGUGUGCCCACCAUGGCCAGCCGAUAUGGCGUGUUUGGCAGUAAGGCACUGAUGACCGGAGUGCCAGGCGAUGAAAAUCAUAGCCCAAAUGCUUGUGUUGAAGCAGAGUCCAGGCCUGCAGCCCCUUGUGAGGCGACGGGCGAGUGCGAAGAGUUGUCAGAGCUUGCGAGCAAGUUCGAACAUGGCUCAAACAUUGCCAGAGCUCUAGCGGUUAAUGCCUUGAAUGCACUGCAAGUUGCACAAGUACUUCUGAGACGAGUUGACAAGGCGGCGACCAACCUCGCGCAUAUGCCAAAGUUAAGUCACCAGAGCCCAAGCGAACCCAAUGGCCCCGGUGGAUAUCCAUGGUCGGACGAGGACCAGAUCAUACUGAGGAUUCGUGGACCUAUUCUGCAUGAGAAUCCAACCUGGGAAACCGACAUUGAUGAGGAUUUUCUGACCCGUAAGAUGGCGCAAUGGGACUAUGAGCAUCGGGUGGUUGAGUAUUUGCAGCGUGUGGAUGGCAAUCGGCCUCUACAAUUGAUUGAGAAUCUAGGGCGAAUGCCCAUCAUUGAGCCGAUGCCUAAACCAACGCCAGCUCAAGAAUAUACUACGGCACUGAACCCAACCAUGCCGAGUCCACUUGCAACACUUAAUGUGCCAUCAGGUGCUAUUCUUAGCUCCAUCUAUUUUCAGAUCAGCAAUCUAUCCUCGAAAGAUAGGCAGCAAGGCUACAGAGACUUCUUGCUUUAGCCCAUGCCUUGUGCCAAAUAUUCUCACAGCCAAAGA